AUGGCAAAGCAAAGUGGAAAGGAUGGCAACAGUCAGCGGGUGUGUGAACAGCCAGGCAGCUAUGCACUGAUGGUAUCUGGUGGUGUCUGUGUGGGAGUGCUUCUUCUCCAGCUCCUAGCCCCAUUGCCUAUUUCCCUCAACAGAAAAGCCCCCUAUAGCUGGUGUGGUCAGAGGAUGGGGGUUAUGGCAGUGUGGGAGUUAACAAUCUGUUCUUCCUUAUCCCAGGUUUACCUUCCAGAAAACAAUGCUCUCCCUGCAGAAGAAACAGCCAUGGAGGAAGUGUGCCAGUCUGCGAAGCCAAAAUGUCUUGAAGGCUCCCACUUAAACCAAAGCUCAGGCAAGUCUUGUGGCUACUUGGCUCCUGUGGAAAAGCUGGUGGCUGCUCCCCAAUUGGAGGAAAAUGAGGAAGAGGAGGAGGAGGAAGUAGCUCUGGAUCCAGAUCCGGCCCCAGCUCCAGGCCUAGAGGAAGAGGAGGAGGAAGAGAAUGAUAAUGGUCUUGGGGAUCCAGCUGUCCUCAGUGCUGUUCAGAACACCCAAAAAGGUUUUCUGGGUCCCCCUGCUGUCGAGGUCCCUGGUGUGCUAGGGAUGUCACCCACGUCCUCACACUUCCUAUGGCAGACCCUAGAUUACCUGUUGCCGGUUCCAUUCCUGCCCUUGGUUCCCAGAACCAGCUCUCCAGCACGGCACUUUGGACCUCAACUGCCCUCGGCAGACCCAACUUUGUUCUGCAGCUUGCCAACCUCAUGGCACCCCAGGUUCAGUCAUCUGAUUCAGCUCCACCCGCUGCACCAACGGAUCUUGCAGCAGCAGCAGCAGCAUAAUCAAACACCAAGUCCCCUAGCCAAGAAACCUUGGUCUCAGCAGCCAGACCCCUAUGAUAACAUCAUGACUCCAAAAGAGAAGGACUGGGUGAUAAAAGUGCUGAUGGCUCAGCUGCAGAGUGAGAAUCCCCACCUGGACGACUAUUACUACCAGGAAUACUAUCAGAAACUAGAGAAGAAGCAGGCAGAUAAAGAGCUACUUGGACAAAGAAGCAAGGUUGAACCCCUCAAGUUGGUAACACCUUACAUUCAGAAGGCAGAAGCUUAUGAGUCAGUGGUUCGGAUCGAGGGGUCCCUGGGCCAAGUUGCUGUGUCAACAUGUUUUAGCCCUCGACGAGCUAUUGAUGCUGUGCCCCAUGGAACUCCAGAGCAGGAGACAGGAGCUGAGAGCAGCCAGAGGCUUUGGGCAUUGUACCGGAUUGAGAAGAUGUUUCUUCAAUUACUAGAGAUAGAAGAGGGCCAGAAGGAUAGGCUUCCACAACCUUGCUACCAUGAGCAGCAGAGAAACCAGGUUGAGAAACUCUUCCAGGCUUUAAAGACCCAGGAACAGAAUAAUCUGGAGGAGGCAGAAGAUGGCUUUCUGCAUGUGCUCUCCGUGAGAAAGGGGAAAAUCCUAGUGGCUCGUCUGCUUCCUUUUCUGCCCCAGGAUCGGGCUGUUAGCCUUCUUCUGGUCAUCACCCAACAUCUGCCCUUCCUGAUCAGGAGAGAUGUGGCUGACCAGGCUCUACAAAUGUUGUUCAAACCUCUGGGUAAAUGUGUCAGUCACUUAACCUUCCAAGAGCUUCUCCAAGCACUUCAGAGUCUAAUGCUGCUCCCAUCUGGAUCCUCAGAGCGGCCCAUCACUGUGGUGCUUCAGAAUCAGUUUGGAAUAUCUUUGCUUUAUGCCCUGCUGAGUCAUGGGGAACAGCUGAUAACCCUGGAUUCCAUCAAGGAACCCAACAGUGAUGAUACCUCUUGGACAGACAUGGUGAUUCUGAUUGCAUGGGAGUUGGCUCAGAUGUCUACAACUUCUCUGGCAGAACCUCUAACUGUCCCCAGCAAUCUUCUUCCCCUGUUCUGUCAUCACGUGGAUAAACAACUGGUACAGCAGCUGGAGGCUAAGAUGGAGUAA